AAAGGAUAAGUCGCUCCACCCUGGGGUGAGCCAUUGGCCACAGAGACCAUAAAUAGCAUCCCCCAGAAGGCUCUUCAUUCAUCUCCUCUUUCAGGGAAUAUCUGGAGUGGUGCCAGCUUCCUCAGCCCUGAAGUCAUGGCCCUAGGUCUCCUGUGGCUGGGCCUUGUCCUGCUGGGGGCCCUGCAGACCCAGGCCCAGGAUUCCACCCCAAACCUGAUCCCAGCCCCACCUCUGCACAGGAUCCCUCUGCAGGCUGACUUCCAGAAUGAGAAGUUCCAGGGAAAAUGGUACAUCAUAGGAUUGGCAGGGAAUGAAAUUAAUAAAGAAAAACACAGCCAGUUUAAGAUGUACACCACCACCUACGAGCUGAAAGAAGACAACAGCUACAAUGUCACCUCUACCGUGGUCUGGAAAAAGUCCUGUGACUACUGGAUCAGAACUUUUGUCCCAUGUUCUCGUCCAGGCCAAUUCACCCUGGGAAACAUCGAGCGUUACAUUGGAACCAAGAGCUACACUGUCCGAGUGGUGGCCACAGACUACAACCAGUUUGCCAUGGUGUUCUUCGAGAAAGUUUACAAAAACCAGGAGUUCUUCAAGAUCACCCUCUAUGGGAGGACCAAGGAGCUGCGUCCUGUGCUGAAGGAAAUCUUCAUCAACUUUGUCAAAACCCUAGGCCUCACUGAUGAGCACAUCAUCUUCCCUAUCCCCAACGAUCAGUGCAUGGAUAAGUGA